AUAGCUUACCAGAGUGGCCACAGAUGUCCAGCAAAGCUCCAGAUCUGAGUGCAAGGUAAAUGCUGGCGUGGUCACAAGCCAGGGAAGGGGGACCCCGGGGCGAUGCAGACGAAAGGGGACAUUGUGUGGUGGCAGCGGACACCAGAUCGGGUCUCUCCUGUGCCAGUGAUUAGCUGCGUAGUCACUCCGCCCCCCAUCUCGACCUCGCUGGAAUAAUUAAGGAAUAACACACAGGAUCAGAGAAAGGAGGACUGGGUGCUGGAUGCGUAAUGCGUUCAAGAAUGCCGGUAAUUAGCCCCGUCGCUUUUAUUUGAUUAUUUAUUUUCUGACUCCUUUUUUGCUCUCUCUCUCUCUUUUAACCCGGCUUCUUUCGAUUCAUUGACUCUGCAAGAAAAGCUUCAAGUUCAUUACCCACCGGCCACAGGGUUGGGGCUGGAGGGUUUGGGGCUUUUUUUCUUUCUUUCUUUUUAGAAAAAAAAAGUUGCGUGGACAAAGCGGGGAUUGUGGCCUGCCGAUGGAGGGACACACAAAAGCACACGGGGCAGGCAAAGUGAGCACUCGACCCUCCUGGCUGGGAUAACCGCUUCAGCAGGGAAGCCCCACUUCAUCGGGAGACUAAGCAAAAUCAUGCUGGAGUACAGCUGGUGCAGUCAUCAGGUCCCGUCUCACCUGGACGGAGUGGCCGCGACGAAGAUCCGCAUCGCGUCGCAGUCGCAGUGCCAGCCCCUCCUCAGGCAGUGCUUCCUGCCCAGCCGCCGGUCGCCCGGACCGAGCCGCACCGCGACUGCGACGCACUCGCGCACGGCGGUGUUCAACGUGAGGCUGCACGGCGAGCAUGAGAUGGAUGAUGUCAUUGACGACAUUAUCAGUUUAGAGACAAGCAUGAAGGAUGGCAUGGGCAAUGGUUACAUGGAAACGCCAAGUGUCCAGAUCCCCAACUCUCUGCCCAUCUCAAACGGCCUCCUGGACGGCUACAUGGGGCACGGCCUGGUGGCGUCAUCCGCCAUGGACAUGUCUGGCAGCGCCUGCGCUGGUGGCCUGCCCAGCCUGAAAAGAGAGCUCCCGAUCAGAGAACCUGAGGUGAGAGCUUUGGCCAAGGAAAGGCAAAAGAAGGACAACCACAACCUUAUUGAACGACGGAGACGGUUCAACAUUAACGAUCGCAUUAAAGAGCUCGGCACGCUUAUUCCGAAAUCCAACGACCCCUGCUGGAUGGAGCCCUCCCAUGGGGAACUGUCUGAUCACGCUCCACCAUCCUGGGACAUGCGGUGGAACAAGGGCACCAUCCUGAAGGCGUCUGUGGACUACAUCCGGAGACUUCAGAAGGAGCAGCAAAGAGUCAAGGAGAUGGAGAAUCGUCAGAGGCGGCUGGAGCAGACCAACAGAGGCCUUAUCAUGCGCAUGCAGGAGCUGGAGAUGCAGGCGCGAGCUCACGGCCUGCCCAGCAGCUCCCCGACGGGCCUGACCACCGGUGACCUCAACGGGCAGCAGCUCAUCAAGGCGGAGCCCGACAUGGGGGGGCUGCAACGGCUCGACUUCGCCCUGCAGCACGCCGAGACCGCCGUGUCGGGCGUACCGGACCUCGGAGGGGGCAUCACGAUCCUCGACCUCAACGAGGGGACCUUCGGCUACACGGACCUCCUGAGUCACCAUCACCACCACCAGCAGCAGCAGCAGCAGCAUCAGCAACAGCAGCAGCAGCAUCAGCAGCAUCAGCAGCAGCAUCAGCAGCAGCAGCAGCACCAGCAUCAUCAGCAUCGGCUGCCAACUGAGCUGCUCACGCACUUAGGCGAUCCGGCUGACCAGUUUGCCGAGUGCUACCCAUUCACCAAUGGGCUGCGGCUCAGGGACUUUCUGCUGGACGACGGUCUAUCGCCAGUGGGGGGCUCGGACCCCCUGCUCUCGUCCGUCUCUCCCACUGCCUCCAAGACAAGCAGCUUCAGCGACGACGACGAUGAUGACGACGACGACGACGCCGACGGGAUUUGACGUCGCUACGCUGCAUUAGCUUUUGACGGCCUGCCACAAUCUGUUUUCUUUUUGUUGUUAUUGUUGUUGUUGGUGGUGUAUCUUUUUUUUUUAAAUGUAUAUAGCAAUGUACAUUGUAUAUGUAUAUCUUCAAAGAAGAUCGAAGCUCAAGUGAAUUAUUGAAAUGUUCAAAGAGAAUAUCUGCCUUUGUUUCAAUUUAGUUUAAAUUGACUGUUAUACCUAAUACUUUUUUUAAAAUACGAGUCUCUGCCAUCUGUGUUUCACUUAUGAUAAAACUCGGGGCUCUACGGGUGAGGAAAGACUGCCGAUUCAAUGUGGCCAUGGUUGUGUUGAAUACAAAAAAAACAAGUGCUGAGUUCAUGGCAGAUUAUUCUGUUGGAAAUGUAAAUCCACUUUUGUCAAGAGCGAAAUGGCAUGGGCAGCAACCCCUACUCAUUGAGCCGUUCUAAAAAUAAUCAUACGUGAAACAUAGUAAUUUUUUUAAAUUUAAUAUAGACCUUUUUGGUAAAGAAAUUUCUAGAAUAAUAAUUUUUAUAAAUGCAAAAAAAAACAACAAAAAUAUUGAAAUGCCGUAGUAACACUGCCCAGCAAUUUUUUCUAAAAUGUUUGAAAAACUAUUUUACUUCAGGAAGAGUGGGUGGUAAUGAAGGUAGAUUAACGUGCAUCUCAUAUACGUAUAUAUGAAACACAAUUUUACAAUGAAAUGUUUUUCUAGGAUCUAACACUGGUUAUAACUUUAGAAAUGUUUAAGAUACAACACUGCAGUGCAGAUUUGUUCUGACACUUUUAUGAACCAACGAUUUGACAAAUAAAUUGGCAAAUGUUUCUAUUGAUAUGGGAAAUGUAACGGUAUAUACGUAUCAACAGCCUUAACCGAAAUUGAAAUGACAUGUUUAGGGCUUUUUAAAUGUUCCAGUUGAUUGCAUACAUGGAAGUAUUUAUAAUUCUAAUCAUUAAAAAUGUCGGAAUUGUUUUUUUUUUCACAUUUCACUUUUGUAUGUUUUUGUAAAUUUCAAAUGAAAAAAGUUCACAUUCAUUAAAUUCAAUGUUUCACAAAAUUACGCCUUACCGAGUGGUGUGCAUUUUUGUACUCUUUUUUCGUCCCUCAGAAAUGACCAUAUUAUUUAGCAUUCAUUUAAUUGGCACAUCAUAAAUGUACAUGUGCAAAAACAGCCAAAGAAAAUACGC